UCCUGCCCGAGGGAGGCUUCCCAGGAGUGAGAGGGAUUUACAGUCUCCACCUUUCACUCCCUGUCCCCUGUUGUGCUGCACUGAAGGCCAUGUGCAGUGGCAAGCUGCAGACAGCUUUGCUGGUGGCCAGCUACUUUGUCUACCUGCUGGUGGGGGCUGCUGUGUUCCAGGCACUGGAGAGGACUGCAGAGAAGCAGGAGAAAAUGGCAGCUGCCCAGAUGAAAGAGGCUUUUCUGCAGAACUUCACGCAGCUCACGGUGGCAGAGAUGGAGCAGUUCAUGAAGAACCUGAUUGAAGCCAUUCAAAAUGGAGUAUACCCUGUUGGAAAUGAGUCACAGUUUGAAGAGAGCAAUUGGGAUUUCAGUAACUCCUUCUUCUUUGCAGGCACAGUUGUCUCCACAAUAGGCUAUGGCACAUUACAUCCCAGAACUGCUGGGGGGCAGAUCUUCUGUGUGUUUUUUGCUCUUUUUGGAAUCCCUCUGAACAUUGUUUUUCUGCACCGAGUYGGUAAGAUGCUCUCACUGCUCUGUAAAAAGCUGGGAAAAUUCCUGUACGAGAAAGGAAUGAGRAAGAAGAAGAUCAAAUUUCUGACCCUUUUGUUCUUCCUGGCAACGGGGAUCCUAGUUUUUCUGUGCUUGCCAUCAGUUUUCUUCCAGAUAACAGAGGGCUGGUCCUACAGYGAAGGAAUUUACUUUGCCUUUAUCACCCUCAGCACCAUUGGCUUUGGAGAUUAUGUAGUAGGCAAACAGUCUGACAGGAAAUACUUUUCCUACUAUCGAGUGCUUGUGGCCAUUUGGAUUCUUUUUGGCCUUGCCUGGAUAGCUCUGCUSUUUAAUUUAUUGACAACGGUACUAGAAGACACUGAAAAAAUAAUUGUCAAGGAUCUCCAGCAAAUUGGAAAGGUGAGUAAGGACAGUGUAGGAAGCCAGCAAAGAAGAUGCUGGCCKGUUCAAUUUAUUCCAGAAGAAGACCUGCUAUCACCACGUGCUGGAGGGGAUGCACAGAAAAUGGAGCCAUUAACAGCAGAUUCUGAACACACAAAAAAUGAAACAAAAGUGUUUUAUAAUAGCAAAACUAGUGCCAUAACMUGUGAGAAUUGAAUUCUUCAUUGGAGAAUUGCUAGUUAAUUAUUCYAAAGAAAAUCCCAUAGAAAUAAAAUUUCUCCUAGCUUUUGCUGAGAUAUGACCUUUUAGAACUCAGUACUUAMAGUUACACAAAGCCUGAAUAUUAAUGGUAAGAAAUUUGCUCCUCAGUUUGCAGCUAGRUUGUGCUAACAGCCUGAGAAGUGCACUUGCUUUGCAAGGUGUUUUUAAGGUGCUUUCACAUAAAAUGCAGAGGAAGGGCAUGGAAGAGCUUGCUGGUUCUGUUUGGAUUUUGCAGCUUGCAAGAAAUCAUGUCUCUUCUAGGAACUGACAUGCACAAGCUUUUCUGAGGCAUUGCAUAGCAUCUUUGGAAGAAGAAAUAAGGGUAUAUAAUUUGAUAGAUGCCUGACUUGAGCCAUCAUAUCAGAUAAGGUGUURUGGUCUGAAAGACAUGUUUAAAUGAUAAGAGCUGAGCUCAGUUCAGAGAYACUAGAAGCAUCUAAUGGACAGGGUUAUGAAAAGGUUAGCAUGUUAGAAAUUAUUAAUUCUACCUCUUCCUGUUUUAUACUAAGAUGAAUAAAGGCAAUUUCAGCUUUUAUCCCCAUGGCUCUGGAAAACCUUUCUGAUGGUGUUUAUAAAGAACACAAAACCCCAUGUCUUUAAUUCAAUUUUUAGAAUAAUUUUAUUCUGAAAGCUUUUCAUAAGAACAGAGAAUUUGAAGGGAGGAGUCCUUGCUGCUGUGUUUGGAUUCUAUAGGAACUGUGAAGCCAUUUGGCAAUGAUUCUGUGCUGCUGUGGCUUUCCAAGGGUGAGCAGUGUCUAAACCUUCAGCCAGGUUAAAAUAAAGGGUGUCAAAUCUGGGCAUGGUUUUUCAGAYGUGCUGUCUGGUUUGCAGGCCAUCUGUGGGUGAAGACUCUGACCUUUUGAGGAUUGAUCCCUGUGUCACAGACCUUCUGUGUGCCAAAAGUGCAUGAAAACCCAACCCUGAGAGCUGGCAAAGCAGCUGGGGCAGACACAGACACAGAGGUCAAACAUCCCACGUGUGUGUAUGGUCACACCAAAAGUCAGUCCAGUCCAACACCAUCUCUGCCCAUGCCUGAUGUGUCCCCCAGCAGUGCAAGGAUCAGACAGCUCUGCCAUUCCCUGGCACAGGGUUCAGCCCCUCUUCCAGCAGAUGGUGGC